AUGUAUCCAACCGCACCAAGCAUGCGCGCCCAACAUCCGCCAUAUCCCUAUAUCCAGACUAAUGUCGCCUCGCGACCACGUCAUGCCGAUGUUCCCGCUUCAGUUGCAACCCUACUCGAGACGACAAAAGAGCUACAAGAGAUGCUACGCCGAUGGAGUCUACAGCAAGUCUCCGAUGAGCAAGUUAGCGACGUCUACGUGACGCUGGGUAACCAAUUCAACGCAACCGUCACCGCUUUCCAAUACUACGAUAUCGACCUCAGUGACCUCUACGCUACCCCGACUCAACUCCGGACAGUGCUAGAAGACUGCUUGAGCAAUGACGCAUCUCCCGAAGUCUUCGCUAAGUAUCGUCCACGCGUGCUCCGUAUAAUCAAGGAACUCCUUCAAGGUUUGCGCAGCAAGCAACCUGCGUACUGGCACGCAGUCGGGCACAGUCCUCCGAUUUCACCGCCUUUCUCGCCGUACACCUCGUAA